CUUCAAGCUGGACGUUACUGGCUCGUUACUGUCCUGGCACUCGCUCAGUCGGCCGAAGGAACUCGUUGCAGGCGUUUGUAGUAUGCGCAACAAACGGUAGGCAACGCGUGUCCUACCACCGCCGGAGGGAAAGAACGUGUACGUGUGCGCCUGUGCGUGUCUAACCAGAACAGAAAAGUCGAAAACCACCCGUUCCUCGACAAGCUACGGCAACGGUGAGAAGGAAGUGGUGAGUGGUGCAACUUUCAACAAACAAACAACGGCAAACCAGUUAGACAUUUUGUCUGUGCGUGAAGCUCCGAAAAUUAAAAUCUCGAAAAUCCUCGAACUCCGAACGGGGCUGGGGAACGCACUGCAAGUGAAGCUCCGCCAGAAAGAAAACACCGUGUCGACCGUGAGCGUGUGUGUGUAUGUGUGAGUGUGUGUGUGUGUGCGUGCCGGGGAAAUUUUGAAAAAGCCGCAACCGCAGCAGUGUGUGCAGAAGUUUUCCCGUGCAGUGGAAGUGAAAUUUCCGAAAACCUCCUUACCGGUGUGACCGUAGUGUGCUUUCCUUUGUCAAUAGUGUGUCUGUGUGUAUGUGGCUUUAUGCAUACGUGUCAGUGUCCGUUUGCUUGGUGCAUUUGUGUGCGUGUGUAUGUGUGAGGCAAAAAACAGCAGCCGAAUUGUUGUUUUUUUCUUCUUCUUUGUUUAAUGCAUAACCAACAGUUUAUGUGUCCGUGUGCGCGUCUCUCUUUUCGCGUGGAAGCAAUUGUUGUGUAAGGCUUCGGCGUCGUUUGGUGAAUUUUUGGUCGACGGUUAAGCAUCGGAAGCCGAAAAAGUUCGCAACAGCGGACGGUCGUGUGAGACAUCUUAGCUUGUUGUGCGCUGCUGGCCUAAGGGCAAAACGUAUCGGAAUUUUGUCUGGGAAUGGCCGGCUGAGUGGUGUUUGGUGAGUGCUGUUUUUCACGCUCAUUUGGUAAACGUUUGUGCGAGUGUUUUUCUUUUACCACCCCGCCCCCCCCCUUUCCCACCAACGAUCACAAACGAAAGAAGCGUUAAAAUUUCUCGCCAACCUCCUGACGAUCGUGGCAAGCGUAAGCGAGAGCGAGAGAGAGAGCGAAGCAUUCUAAGUAAAACGCACUUAGAACGAAGCAGGCGAGAACGUCCUGGUGGAAAUCGAUUCGCCACGAAAGUGAGCCUGUGUGUGUGUGCGUGCGUGAACGAGAAAGCACGAGCAAGUUUUGAAAGUUUUCCCAACGCCACACGUGUGAGUGUGAACGAAAGUGUGAGCGUGAAGGCAACAUAACAGCAGUCGAGAGAAAAAGAGCGCAACUGCCCUCCCCAACACUAGCGCUGCAGUUUAUUCCAUUCGGUGUGUGCAAUCGUCGAAGUGUGCAGCUUGAUGAAAGAAUAGUUUUGUUUGGUUUUCUUUUUGUUUUUACCUACUUCCGGCAAAGGCAAAGUGUCCUUGUUGCUGCUGCUGCUGCUGUUGGGAGUGUGUUUUUGGUGUGGUGUUUGUUUGGCGAUUGUGGACCCGGCAGAAGGGCAGGAUUCACUUCUGGGCUAUCCUGAAUUUGUGGGUGUGUAUGUGCUUUAAUCCAGUGUGACCAAGUGUGAUUGAGGGGACGUGUGCGGUUUAGUGAAAGGAGGCAGGAUCGACUGGGCCAGCUAAGGAACUGUGACGCCCGUGUGACACGACCCAAAGGGACCAAAGUUCGGGUGCCCGUUCGUAUGCAGAACACGUUUCAUUAACCGUAUAAAUAAGAUGUCAUAAUAUGGGUUACUCGUGCGAAAGUGCGCAUCUACAGUAUCGACCAGUACGAUCGGACCGCAACCAGCGAAGUUGGUCAACCGAGCCACUGCAGCUGCUGGACAGCCAUCAACCGCAGGCCACAACCGCAACCGACCGCAGCUGUACCAGCGACAGCACCACCACUACCAUCACGAACCGCUCACCAGCACCAAAUCAACCGCCCUGGGCGACAGCAACGGACAGUAGCUCCACCAGCCCGACCCGGUGGAACCUGCGCACGGAACCAACGCCGGAAGGGACCGUGGCGGCCCCGGUUACGAAACGGCGUACCUCCCCCACCGAGCCCAUCGCCGUCACCAGCUCCCGGUGGCAUUCGUCCUUCAACCUGCUGCGUGCGCCAACGGCCGUGUUCGACGGUUACUCGACGAUCGUGCUCGAAAAGCUGUCCCGCUUCAUUAGCCGCCAUGUAGCCGCUCCCCAACAUGCCACCCCGCCAUCCGUUCCUGCCAUCCCGACGACGAGGGCGACGACGAAGACGACGUCCAGAAGUGCUGCGAGUCCAAUGGCGCACACCGUCACACCGUCCAGCAGGCCCGCGCCCGGCAGCAGCACUAGCAGCAGCACCGUUCGGCGGCACGAUGACGAACCCUGCCGUAGCGAUGGGCAGCCAGUCCCGCUCGGGCAUCGUGCACACCGUCAACCAACGCAAUUCCACGCGCCGAGCGUGCAGCGGGACGUAGCGGCGUCGCCUACGACCAGCAGGCCCGCCAGUAGCCACCAUCUUGUAAGACAUUCACUUUGUUUAUACGCAGCCUCUAGUGUACUACUAGCGUUAUGUUAUCUAACGAUACCAACAGUUGCCUCAGACACAGCGCACCCCAUAAGAGGAAGAGUUCGAUUCGCGGAAGGAAAGUCGGAUAAGGAAAUUUUAGAUCAUCUGUUAAAAAACUCCCGUUACGAUAAGCGUUUGCUACCACCAGUGGACGAUGCGGAUUUUUGCUGUGGCAUGCACACGCCGGAAAUGGCUAAACACAUACCGGAUAUGCGUGUUCCAGGACGACCCCAGAAUCGUGGUACAUUGACUGUGAACGUUAGCGUUUUACUAUUAAGCUUAGCGUCACCCGACGAAUCUAGUUUGAAAUACGAGGUCGAGUUUCUGCUGCAGCAGCAGUGGUUCGAUCCGCGGCUCCGGUACGCCAACCAGUCCCAGUACGAGUAUCUCAACGCGAUACACCACCACGAAGACAUUUGGUUACCGGAUACGUACUUCAUCAUGCACGGCGACUUUAAGGAUCCGAUCAUACCGAUGCACUUCGCGCUGCGGAUAUACCGCAACGGGACGAUUAAUUAUUUAAUGAGGCGGCAUCUGAUACUGUCAUGCCAGGGCCGGUUGAACAUAUUUCCCUUCGACGAUCCGCUGUGUUCGUUUGCUUUAGAAAGCAUAUCGUACGAACAAUCGGCAAUAACGUACGUCUGGAAGAACGACGAGGACACUCUCCGCAAGAGCCCUUCGCUCACGACCCUAAAUGCGUACUUGAUACAGAACCAAACCAUUGCCUGCCCCAUCAAAGCCAGCUGGAGAGCCGAAGGACAAACGUUGUCGGUAGAAGACGAAGAGUUUCUUUGUAAUUUAUGUCAGAGACGAUUUGAGGAGCAAGGAAAUUACAGUUGUCUGAAGGUGGAUUUAAUAUUUACGAGAGAUCGAGCGUUCUAUUUCACGACCGUCUUUAUACCGGGCAUCAUACUGGUGACGUCAUCGUUCAUCACGUUCUGGCUGGAAUGGAACGCCGUCCCGGCACGCUCGAUGAUAGGUGUAACGACCAUGUUGAAUUUUUUCACCACCUCAAACGGUUUCCGCAGUACACUUCCGGUCGUGUCGAACCUGACGGCGAUGAACGUGUGGGACGGCGUGUGCAUGUGCUUCAUCUACGCCUCGCUGCUGGAGUUCGUCUGCGUCAACUAUGUCGGCCGGAAGCGGCCGUUGCACAACGUUGUAUAUAGACCUGGAGAGAAUCCAGUUACUCAGCGUCUUCCAGCUGUCCUAAGCAGGAUCGGAAUAAUUCUCGCUAGUCCCCUGUCAUCGAGACUGCUUCCGGAAACAAUUGACCGCGAGUUUCACACCGCCAUUGCCGCGGAGAAGACAACUCCGGCCACCGCUGCCAGUGUUGCCGCUGCCACCGCCGGUCGGCUCGCUCAAACGCCACCGCAUCGCACUGUAGCGCCAGCAGCCACGGUCCCCCCGCUAGCCACAGCGCCCAUCGCCCCGCCCAUCGCUUCGGCCGCGCCGGCCGCCGCUGUGCUGCUGUGCGAGGAAGGACUUGCCACCGAUGCGUCGUCCGCCAUCGGGCCCGGUCUGACCCGGCGCCGUCCCACGGUCGAGACGAAGCUUAACGAGGCCGGGCUCAUGGAAACGAGCUUUGGUGUGAAGAAGCGGGAAUCCGGUGGACCGAACGAGAUCGUCGCGUGUACCAGUUGUGCGGGCGGUACCAGCCCCUGCACACACUCCGCGAACAAUGGCUGUGCAACAGAGACGUGCUUCGUGCAAGUGCGCAAAAAGGAACCGCCGCAUCCGAUACGCGUCGCGAAGACGAUCGACGUGAUCGCGCGCAUCACCUUCCCGUCGGCGUACGCCGUCUUUCUGAUAUUUUUCUUCAUCCACUACAAGGGAUUCUCCUAGAAUACGAUCCAGAAGUCACUCAUCCACAAGAUCUACACCAACAACCUGCUGUAACGGUGGGCGGUCCGAUGUGCGAAAGGUGCGCGGUUCCGGGGAUUGUCGCAUUGUUUCUACCGCGGGUCGUUUGUUGGCAACGAAGAGUAUGUGCGAUGUGUGAGCGAAGUUCGCAACCAGGUUUUGCGAAUCCCGAUCAACGAUACAGGGUUGACCAGCCCAACAAAGAACUGGCCACGUGUAUUAUAAUAAUCAUCAUCCUUGGCCAUUCCAAGAGAUGAUUGUUAUAAAUAUGUGGCCAGUUGUUUAUUGAGUUGGUACACGCUGUAAAAUUACACACUAACAUAAACACAAACAUGCACACACACAGACAGCAUCACACACACGCAUUCACACGUAUCAUAGGAUAUAUACAUUACACGCAGUCGGACUCGCUCUCUGCUUUGCGCCUCUACACACACACACACAUCUCACUUCGGGCUUGUGUAAAACCGAGCCGAGGGCUAGUGUGCGGAAAAUGCUGAACCGAAUGCAUCGAUCGUUCCUACAGAAACCAAAACUCGAAUGCCUCGAAACUCUCGCAUGUUUUAACCAAACAGACGGAAGGCUCUCGCUUCUCAUGAGUUUUUAUUUGCUUCGGAGCCAUUCAAAGAGCGCUAAACCGAUAACCCCCUUUUCAUCUGUACCCAUCUCGCCACAUCAAGGCUCACGAAUAGUACACACACUCACAAAACAAAGGAUGGCUAAAUCAAACCUACAGAUACUGCCUUUUUUCACAUAAUGAUAACGUAAAUGCAUAGCCCAGUGGCAUCGAGAUGCUCGAGAGACGAGGUUCCAUUGAUUUGUGAUACGAGUAAAAAAUGGGACAAUUUCAAUUAGAACCGCAAAGAGAACAAAAACACCCAAACCUCUUAAAUCGCAACCACAACAGAUGUGGCAUCUCUCACACGGCUGCAAAAGCCAUAAGCGUUUCAAUUAAACGCAAACUGUACAGAGCGUUUAUUCCAGCUGCAACUCAUUUCCUUUCGUUUACACUAGCUAACGCAAAGGAAGUAAACCGUCACAUUAAACGACCACCCCUUGAUCCAACGAAGAAACAUAGCAGUAGAAGAGAUACUAUUUUGGUGAAAGUUUGCGAACAAAAACCCACAAAAUAGAAGCGAAAUAGAGUCAAAGUUUAAUAUAAUAUACGAGCACAAAUAAUGGUGAUGGCACUGGUUUGCUUGCGCAGAAUCGUUGCGUACGAACAGCAAGACAGCUCAGCCGUAGAGCCGUAGAACGUUUCAAAGCGGAAUCAUCUAUAAAGUAAGAAGAGAACACACACACACAUUUUGCAAUGGGAAAUAAAAUUGCGCGAUACGCUUCCGGUGGGGUGCAAGCAGGUGGAAGCUUGCCGCAGUGCGAAUGAAGAAAUGCCAAUAGCAAUAUCAAUGGAAGUACCAACUAAAGAAAGCAAACCAAUUAUUACCAACACAGAUGAACAUCCUCAAGCACACACACACACUCAAACACACAAAACAAUCACACUAAAUUAAUAGCGUAACAGAACGGGGAAGUUGUGUAAUUCAAUUCAUUCAAUUUAUGCCUAGAAAAACAGAGAGAUACAGACGGGAGGGCAGACAAGAUUAGACAAGUAAGGGUUGGCUUAUAAUGUAGCAGUACCACAUUUUACUACGUUUCUAUCGAGAAGGUGCUUAUUAACUGAAAAUACAAAUCUAAACUCACAGACACUACUCACACACGACUAAAGCGUACCCAAAGUUCCUUGCUGAAAGCUUACGACCAACCACCCAGAAACAAGAGAAGGAGGAAAAACACCUACUACCCCGACUCAUACUCACUUACUUAAAGGGUUUCUUUUUUGAAUGUGGCUUUAAAAACAAAAGAGAAGGAAAGAGAAAUAGGGCUGCGAUUUAAAUUGUCGGUUUCUUCUGUUCAAUGCUGCUAGAGAAGAAAGAUCUUAAAAGCGAAGAACUGUAAUAAAUAGCCUUGCCCCCCACGCCGAAUGCCACAAUGCAUGAAGGGCAGUUCUGUGAUCUCGAUGACCAGAUGGAUACGUUUUUUUUGCUAGUGUUUUCAUUUUGAUACGAUGCUAAAACCUGCGCACAUUUUGCUAGUUUGUGCUAUACUUUCUGCCAACAAAAGCUUGUUCUGUUUUUGCUGUGAUAAGGAAGACCAAUCAGCACCUUGCCGGCGAGCCUUUCAAUUAGAAGGAAGCCCCGUUCUCUGAGCUCCUCUUCUAGUCGUGCUUAGCACCGCACACAACAAACGGAAAGCUUGCCUUGGAUGUGCAAGCUACACAAUUUGGACCAACGCUAGUUUAAGUCGCUCGUUUCCGCACACCCGAGAAAACCAACACACCAUUAGAUAGCACGUAUUUCUUCAGCCUACGUUUGGGUUUGCUUUAAAUUAUGCAUUAAUUGCCUCUUGAAAAUAAAUCACUUUGGCCUUAACGAUUGUAGCAAACACAUCAAUGCUUUAUGAUUUGUAUUUUUGGAUUGGCAUAAAGUCGUAAAGUUACACACAGUUUCGAUGUCACUACUACUAGUAGCUAGCAAGAAUAGUGGAGGAGUAAGAAAUCGUUCGUAAAAUACCAAAAAAAAUCACUUACAAACAUACACGUUAGCGAGCAAUUCAGUCCGGUUUCGAUUUGUACAGUGCGGCCACGGAAAGGACAAGCAAUAAAUGCUUAUUGGCAUUGGUCCCUUUCCCCUUUUUUCUCCGGAGAGGUGCGGGGAAGAUAAGAGAGCACAACACACGUUUGCCUACCAAUUAUCUACUUAAUUGCAUCGCACCUACACCACUGCUGAUCCGUACUGUCGCCCAAACAUCGAUUAGAAAGUCUGAUAGUAAAUGAGGAAGAUGGAAUUGCAAAAUUCCAUUAAAAGAAGGAAUGGACACAUGGUAUGGUCACUCUUUAGCCACUGUUGUUAGCCUGUUCUUUUCUAAAAGGUACUAACUGAAAGCGCAAAUAGAAAACUCACACAACACAACACUAUUCCAGUUGGAAAUGCCAAUCUCAACCGCGACAGUCGUCCGGAAGGGAUGUAGAGAAGGCAGAGAAUAGGACAAAUGAAACACAGAUAAAAAAAUGAGACGCAGUCAAAGCGAAUGAAUCUAUCUAAUGAGGAAGAAGGAAGAAAGUAACACACGCUGAAACCAAGUGCUUAUUUUGCAUCAUUUGACAUAUCAAAACGUAGUGAAAGUGGAUGAGGUGGAUUGAGGAAAGCUAGUGAAUUGGGAAGCAAAAAGGAAAAGGAGCGGAUCAAUCGGAAAACGAAACUCGAGAAACAUAAACAAACGCAUCUGAUGCUGAGAAAGGUUAAUAUAAUUAGCUAGCCAGGGAGGAGAAUUAAAACUGUGAAAGUAUAUCACAAAACCAAGAAGGAAAAAAACAACACACUAAACUACUACUACUGAACGCCACUCUAAAACAAUCUAUCGCUUGAAUGCCUUUAAAAACUAUCGUAAAUAAAUAGGAAAGUGGGUUACAACGUUACGAGAUACGAAGGAAUACGAAAUGUCCCGUUAGUUGAAAUUUUUUGUUCAGUUUACCUAAGCUGUUAAGGGAUAAGAGAGAAAGUACUGAAAGUACUUGCGCGAUGAUGUCUCAUUUUCAUUUCCAACUGCUCAACGAGAGUUUGUUAAUCGUCCUGUUUUUUUUCUUAUACCUACCAGUCUCCAUCAAUAACUGCUAGAGAACGUAACUAUUCUAAACUAAUUCUAAACACGCAGACGAAAACUCAUACCAUAUAGUUUAGCAAAAAAAGAAAUGGGGGCUGAGCACAGAGGGUAGGCAAUCGUUUUUAUUAACCAUUAUGAAUCGAGCCGCUUGCGCUCUCUGCGCUGGCUAACAAAUUAGAUGAAGCUUAAGUUAAGAAGCACCUCAUCAUGUUAAAACUGCAUCCAAACCAACCUUACUUUCCAGAAGCUAAGAACAGCCGAAAAGACAUUAACGAAUAGAGAUGCUUAGUUAAAGCGAGGAAGAGCAGCGGAGAAGGUUAAAUAAAGAAGGAGACACUUAGACAUAGAAGCUAUUACGUGCAAUGCUGAAACUUUGCAGCUGAAAGUAAAUUUAAAAAAAAGGAAAAAAGAAAACCGAAAAGAAAACACUUACACACUCGAAAACCAAUGUUUUGCAAACAAACCAAUUACUGUACGUAUGUAAAAAGUAUUUAAAGCGAACAGUGUUAGCUACACUUUAAGCGCAGCCGUUUCGUGCCCGAUGGCACACAUUCAUAGAUGGCAUACAUAUACACACACACACAAACAUAUAGAGUGUAUUUUGUAAAGUUAAUCAUAAGUAUGUAACACUCCUCUUCACACUACGCCACGUUACAGUUGCACAAUAUGACGUUCACAUACACACUCCUUCACUCAACACCAACUACAGGUAACGACCUACACCAUACUACUACCAUCACUACACUACGAGAUGACUUGUUGCUUUUUGGGGGUCUAUUUAGUCUUAGUAUUAAUUAAUAAUUGCCUAGAAUUGUAAUUGUUAUUUUAUUCGAAAAAAUAUGUUUCCUCUUCUAAAGCAACUUUACUACAUGUACGUGUGUGUAUAUGUUCGUUUCUUCUUCUCUCUUCUUUGCCACGUGUCAUACAAAACUGUUCCUACACUACCUUCUUUUGCCUUUUUCUCUCCAUUUCGCUCUUUGAACACAAAGGACACACCAUUCUCAGACACAACCCACUACACGUGCACAACCCACACAACCCACGAACACAUUACUCCAAAAACUAAGUGACAAAACAAAACAAAACUACAAAAAAAAAAACAAAUGAAUCAUGAAAACAUCUGUACAAGCAUACAAGGUUUAAAUAAUGAAUAUAAUAAACGAAAAAAAAAACUACAGCUCAGCUAAGAUUGUGAUUUACCAAAGACGAUGACGCCGAGACGCCGCGAAGAAUUGUAGCGUGUAAGCCCAAUUUGUGCGUAGUGUGCGUAAUGCUUCGUGCCGGUAAAGCCGUACGAUGCAUGCAAUGCUCCCAAACAGCAACAACAGCAACAACAGCAGCAAGGAAAGUAAAACAAAACAAACUAAAAAAACAAAAACAAAAACAAAUGCGCUUUCAAACGAAAAGCAAUUGACAAAGUGGCAAAUUUUGUAGUGUGAAGCAGCUAAAAAGCACGAACAACAUUGCCCAGCCUCAACGUUAAGUGAAAUAGUUAAAUUAAUUGACGAUCGAAAUUAGAGAACGAAGGCAAAACAUUGCCAAAAUUCCGGAAACGUUUGCCGCUGCCUGCAAUAUUCGUUACAAUUGGAUUGGAAUUAAUAGUAAUAGUAGUAACAAUUGUGUAAAAGUGAAAGAUCGCGUUGCAAUCAGAAUGGCAGAAAAACCAGUACAUAGAAUCUCUUUUACUCUUUGAAGAGACCUGUUUUUGAAGACACUAAAAUGGUACACAACGCAAGCUAAAACGUAAUUAAAAGCAAAUUCUUCCGUCGUGUGGUGUACAAUUUGCAAGCUUUACAAUAGAAUGCUUGCGGUAAAGCAGUUAAAAAGAAAUAAGAACUUUUCCUCAGUGUUGUUGGCCCGGUUUCGUUUUUUUUUUCUGUUUUGUUGCAUGUUUCUUAUGUUUCCCUUUUUCAACCAAGGAACAAUGCAACACUCCCAACAUACAAUAAGCUGCUAACAAGUUUAAAGUUUAUAAACGCAACGUAAUUGCAGUACGAUGGUAGAAAACACAAAAAGCGCACGCGACAUUGAGAGGCGGCUAAAGAAUUAAGCAAUUCAGGGUAAAGGUUUUAUACGAAAUUUAAACAAGCAACACAGAAAAAAAAUCGUAAGUGAUUCACUUUGAAAAGCAAGAAAAAAAAAACAAACAAAACAAGCACAUCGUGCACAUACUACAGCCAUUUGUAAAAAUUAAACACACUUAACUGACCCCGCUCAAGCUACGCAAAGUAAUGGAAGCUAGCAUGGAGAGAUUUGUUCAGAUAAACGUAGCGAAGUAGGCGCCGACCAUCACGUUACGCUCCUUUAAGCCAGCGAUCGAGUAGGCAGACAAAGGCGUAACGUAACAAAGCUAAUGGAAAUAUGGUUCUUAAGCGUGCGAGGAAUCACCGCCUUUCACACCAUUCGAUACGGCUCCACAGUGGAACCUGUAUUUUUGUUUUUGUUCUUGUACAUGAAACAUUUCCAAUUCCAACACACACAUACACACACACAUACACAAACAGCUCACUUUUUAAUAGUUUAGUGCACCAUUUAGUGCCCGUCAAACCAAAGCCACGAUCAAAGGCAAAACGAAGAAUUUCUUCAAAAAGGGAGUUAAAUAAUUUACAUUUAAUUUAAAAAAACACUCAAGCACACACCGACACACACACACAAAAACAAAAAAUGAAUAUGUACUAACUACUAAUAACGUUCGAACAAUAUGGGUAAUAAGUAAGUGGCGUAGAUGUGCGAAGCCGAAAGCGAAGCGCGCAUCAUCCAAAACGCUUGAACUGUUAGAAGGAACGGAUGCGGGACGAAAGCAAUCGAGGGCAGCAGAAAAGUAGCAGAUCAGAUUAUAAUAUACACACAUACACACACAUACUACCAACUAGGGGGAAAAGUUGCAAUAGAGGAAUACAGCUCGCUUCUAGGAAGAAUAGUAAAAAAGGGAAAGUGCAAAGGGCAUCAAACAACGUGCUUCGUAAGAAAUAUAAAGCGUUAACGUAUAAUAAGAAGCAAGCAAAACGAGCAAAAAAGAAACGGCUAUGCUUGAAGUAAGAGCACGUUACGAAACGAAAACGAAGAAAACCAACAAAAAAACAAACAAAACAAAAUGCAAAUGCCAAUAGUACAGCUUGGAAGUGCAUGGUAUCUUGCAAAGUGCACAAAGCCAUACAAUUGUAAUUGUAACAUAGAGCAAAACAUGAAAACAAAGGAACAAACUGCAAAAAGAAGGUCAACAAAAAGCAUACGAAAGAAAACAACAAAACUGGCUAUAAAGCGUACCGCGUGUACUAGCAAACUCAAAUAGGGUAGCGAGCAAAAGAAAGGACAAAAGAGUGCACCAGCACCACCAAACUUACACAAAAACUUAUGGUUUUUUGAGAGAAAAAAAGGAAAGAAAAGGAAACCGAAAACCGUCAGAAUACCUACUAUACUAGCGCCGCGCUAUGAUUGUGCUAUAAUUUUUUAUACCAUAAAACCUAUACAUACAUAUACAUACACCUACUUAUAUCAUAGUGCGAAAUAUGAGCUGUUGAAAGCAACAACCUAAACCCGUUCAGGCUGUCGAGUGGUUCAGUGUGAAGGAAGACAGACAGUGGAAGAGCAAUUGCAAUUACACAGAAGUAAACCGAUCCUAGAAGAGGGUAAAAGACCCCAAAAAGGUAUAGAAAAGGAUAAAUAAAUGACUACUACACUAAACACAACACAUAACCACACAUACACACCAACAUACAAUUAUGCAAAUAAUGGGUUUUGUACCGAUUAUGCUGAUUCGUUUGAACCGUUCAAGUAAUUUCUGCACAUAAAAUCCAACAAACUGUUUUUAUUCUAAUUCUUACACUUCAUCCCGUUUCUUACAUUCUUAUUACAUGUCUGAUGCACAUGAGUUGUGCUUUUCUAACUACUUUUAAUCGCUUGGUGCCGUAAACCCUCAAACUGCGUACUUUUUGUAUAAGAUUUAAUAACACCACUGCUAACACCACAGCAACACAAACACACCACAACACAGCAAGCAGAACUCAAAAGUGAAACCAAAACAAGAAGAACAAAACAAAAACCUACCCCAAAACCGACCACAAAACUAUUUUACAGAACAACAACUACUACAAAACGUUACCACAAUCAGUUUUCAAUCGUCCGCAGCCGAACUACUGUUGAUUAUUUGAUAAGUUUUAGCAGCUUAAACUUGUACUGCAACUUUUACUAUAUUUAUCACAAGAAGAAACAACAAAAAGGAGAAUAAAUGAAGAAAAAAAGUAGAACACUGUCAAGUGAAUGAGGAAAACUAGAAGAAAUUUAUGAAAAAAUGCAUAAAACCGUGUAAAGAUAGCAAAUAAGAACGCAUUGCGUGCGUGAGCGUGUGUGUG